GCUCGAUCAACUAUUGCGGCCCAUCAUGGCAUGGCUUCUAGUUCUCCUGGCAGCUUUCAUGCCCUGGCUGACCAUCUCGGCCCCCGGUCUGAGCAGUGAUGUUUGGUCGGCGUUCAAUGCGUCGGUCGACGGCCGCCUGGAGAGGGGCGUGCCUCUUGCGCUGCCGUGCUUCAGCACCUACAACGGAAUGGCGCACACGGCCGACGAGACUCUCUGCACCCAGAUUCGAGACAACUACACAAACCCUGGCUUCCGGAUCCAGGCCCCGGGCGGGUACAUGAACGGGCAGGGUGAAGGCUGCUUGUCGGAGCCCGCCGACCAGUGCCUCCUGGACAGCUCCGCCCGGGCGGGCCCGGCGGCCCGGCCCGGCGCCGGCGCCUCUUGCAACCAAGGCAGUGUCCCGUCCUACUACGUGGCGGUCGAGGGGCCCUCGGACGUGACCAAGGCCUUUGCUUUCGCAAGGACAAACAACGUGACCCUGUCCAUCAAGAACAGCGGCCAUGACUACAUGACGCGCAGCAGCCAAAAGGGCUCCCUCGCCCUCUGGACACACAAACUCCAGGACAUGAGCCACCACGUCUCCUUCACGCCCGACGGCUGCAGUGGUCCCCAGCACGUCUAUGCCGCCGUCGUGACCCUCGGCGCCGGCGUGACCGCCGACACCGCCACGACCUUCGCCACCGCCCACAACGCCACCAUCCUCGUGCCCGCGUCCUCCACCGUCGGCAUCUCCGGCGGCUUCGUCCUCGGCGGCGGCCGCGGCGUCCUGAGCCCCGUGUACGGUCUGGCCGUCGACAGGGUCGUGCAGUUCCGCCUCGUCACGCCAGACGGCUUGCUGCGCACCGCCAAUGCCUGCCAGAACCAGGACCUGUUCUGGGCGCUGCGCGGCGGCGGCGGCGGCACCUUUGGCGUCGUGCUCGAGUCCACGUCGCGCGUCGAGCCGGCGCCCAUGCCCAUCGCCGUCGCCCACAUGGUGCUGCCCGCUGGGAACCUGACCGUCGACACCGCCCUCGAGUGGAUAGGGCUCGUCGCCGACGAGUCACUCACCUGGGCUCGACAGGGCUGGGGCGGCCACUUUGCUGCCACCUACCUGACUUAUAUGAAUCCGCUGCCCCGUUUUGCAAACCUGAGCGACGGGGGCGCGCACGCCGCCCGGUCUAUGCUGAAUGCUUCUGACCAUGUCAUCUCCCUCGGCGGCACGAGCGUCGUGGAGGUCCUGCCGAGCUGGGCUGACGUCUGGGUCAAGUACAGCAGGCCGGAGGAGCGGCCUUCCGGCGCGUGGCCAGUCCUGAGCGGGCGGCUCGCACCAAAGUCCCUCUUCGAGUCAGGAGUGAUCAAGGACGCCUACACAGAUUUCUUGAGGCAAGCGCAGCAGUACGGAUUUGACCCGCUGACCACCUAUGUACCGGCAGACCUGCCAUUCACGGUCGAGGGCAGUAAGAAUGGCUAUGAUACUAAUACUUCCGUUCAUCCUGGAUGGUACGACGCACUGUGGAAUAUCGCCAGUAGUGUAUUCCUUUCCGGCAACAGCUCCUACGAGGGGAGGUUGGAGGCUGCGGUGAACGCGACCAAGAUCUUGCAGCUCGCACAGGAUCUAGUUGGACCCGGUAGUGCAUCAUAUGUUAACGAGGCGAGCCCAUUCACAGACGAUUGGAAAGAGGCCUGGUGGGGACCCAACUACUCACGCCUGGUCGCUAUUAAGAAGAAAUACGACCCUGACAAGCUUCUUCAGUGCUGGAAGUGUAUCGGCUUUGAGGACGAUGAUGUGGAGAGCCCGCGGUACAGUUGUCAGGGGAAGCUACAGCGUGACAUUGAUCGUGCUGUUUCAUGAUGUAAAAGAUUGAGCGUAGCGUACAGUAAUCAACACAGAGGAUAGCCUCUCUAGGUCACGAUGAUGUUGCCGACCAGCUCAGAGAAAAGCCUUGCUGUUCACGGAGGUGAAGCGAGCCAAUAGAGCCGAGGCUGUCACAGCUAUCGCCGAGGCCGAGACCCAGGUGUUGGGACACUGCUAGUCGUA